AUGACGAAGCUAGUAACACCGGGAGAUAAACUCGGCAAUGCGACUCAGUUUAAAGCCGGCAAAGGAGCUUACAUCAACGACAAUACCAUCUACGCUUCCCUCAUAGGAUCCUUCCAAAUUGUUUCUCCUCUUCCUGAAUCCCUUGACCAGAGAGCCAUUGUAGAAGUUAUAGGUCACAAAGCACAUGGACUUAUUCCAGAACCUGGCUCUGUUGUCAUAGCAAGAGUGACUAAAGUUGUGGCUAAGAUGGCUUCUGUUGAUAUCUUGUGUGUUGGUUCAAAGGCCGUUGGUGAAAAGUUUGCUGGCAUCAUCAGGCAACAAGAUGUUAGAGCAACAGAGAUUGACAAAGUUGAUAUGCAUCUGUCCUUUCGUGCCGGUGACAUUGUUAGAGCUAUGGUUCUGUCUCUUGGUGAUUCAAGGGCUUACUAUUUGUCAACUGCUAAGAAUGAGCUUGGUGUGGUCUCAGCAGAAAGUGCUGCAGGUGAGACAAUGGUUCCGAUAAGUUGGACUGAGAUGCAGUGUCCCUUGUCAGGCCAAACCGAGCAAAGAAAAGUUGCUAAGGUGGUUUAG